CAGAGAGCGUUGACGUGGCAGGCUUGACCGCACCUGUUGGUUUCCGGCCUGUUUUGGGGCAGAAAAAAAAAACACAGAAAGGAGGAGGGAGGAGCUACAAGCUGAAAGUACUCUUGUUUUAACUUCAUUUCGGAGUUCAUCUGUAGUGACGCGUGGAGUCUGAGCUCGAGCUCCUCUGCUUUCAUCGCAUUUUCCAGCAGGACGCACGCAAAACACAAAAGUCGUGAUCAAGACUGCCUGUGAUAAGAAAGAAUGACAACAGAACGGCGCAAAAGCAUGGAUGAACCUCAUAGUAUGGCAUUUCAUCAUGAUGCCGUACUUAUUAAGAAAGGUCCUCCAGCACUUUAUCGUUUGAACACAGAAAAAAAAUAUAUUGAUGGGACUAAUAAAAAGGUCAGACAGUGGAUAUAUGGACGAAGAGACAAAAACAAACAGAACAAAGUCAUACUGAUGGUGGGAGAAACCGGCGCUGGGAAAACAACCAUGAUCAACACCAUGAUCAACUACAUACUGGGAGUGAAGUUUGAUGAUCAAGAGUUUUAUCAAAUCACUGAAGAAACUAAUCGUAAAGAUCAAUCACAGUCCCAGACAUCAGAGAUCACUGUUUAUGAGGUGUUUGUUGAAGAAAACCCAAUAUCUCUGACCAUCAUUGACACUCCAGGAUACGGACACACAGAAGGAUGCGAGGAAGGAUACGAGAAAGACAGAGAGAUUUCUGAGUAUCUGAUGAGAUUAUUCUCAGAUGAGGAUGGGAUUCAUGAUAUUGAUGCAGUGUGUUUUGUGAUGAAGUCGUCUCAGAAUCGUCUCUCUGACAAAGAGUUUUACAUCUUUCACUCAGUUCUGUCUCUGUUUGGUAAAGAUAUAGAGGAGAACAUAAUGUUUCUACUCACAUAUUCAGAUGGAGGACCUCCAACAGAUGCUCUUAAUGCCAUUAAAACAGCAGAAAUACCCUGCAGAAGAGAUGAGAGAAAAAGACCUGUUCACUUCUUAUUCAACAACCGACAGAAAGAGGAAAGAGAUGAAGAGUAUGAGCACACAUUCAGAACAUCAUGGGAAAUGGGAGAAAAAAGCAUGAAUCGGUUCUUCACACUCCUGGAUGAAAAGAACAGAAAAAGUGUUCAGAUGACGUUAGAUGUUCUGAAAGAGAGACGUCGACUUGAGGCCUGUGUCAACAAUCUGGUGGAACGAAUCUCUGAUAAAGAGUCAAAAACUGAAGAACUUAAUCAGAUUCAAGAAGCCCUCGGACAGAAUAGAGACAAGAUCGGGAGAUGUGAAAACUUUGAGUUUACAGUCAAAAGAUAUUUCAAAGAAAAAGUCCUCAUUGAAAAUGAAUGGUGGUGGAACAGAAAGGCAACUUGCUGCUCUGUCUGUCAGGAAAACUGUCACGAAUGGGGCUGCUGGUUGGCCAUAGGUCCCUCAGUGUGCUCGGUUAUGACAAAUCAAGGCUGUACUGUGUGUACAAAAAAGUGUCUUUACAGCAAACACGUCAAAGAGAACAAAAAAUAUGUGAGGAAGACAAAGCAAGUCACACUGACAUUUGACCAGCUCAAAAAGGAGUAUGAAGGCACUGCUGAAAAUGAUAAAAUCAGCUUCGACAAAAAAAUAUAUGAUAAUAUUAAAAAGAAGCAUGAAUGUAUUAAGAAAGAGACUGAGGAUAAAACUGACAUAGAAAAAACACUGAACUGUGAACUGGAGAAAAUUCAAAAAGAAAAGUCCAAGCUGCUGAAUGAAGUUUACACGAUAAUCAUGAGUCUCUCUAAGAUCACAUUAAAAUCAGACAGCGCUUUCACUCUUCAGCAUCUGGAUUUCUUGAUUCCCAGACUGAAGGAGGAGGGAAAAGAUGAGUGGAUGAAGAACCUGGAGGAUCUGAGGAAAGCUGGAGAAGAGAGGAAGAACAAAGGGGCUUUUGAGUAUCUGGUGGCUUUUGGCAGACAAAAAUGGAAACAAAUGUUCAAUCGUGGUAAAAAUUAAUCACAUCUGAAAAGUCAAGAUGCAAAAGCAAAACAGAUGCUGCGACAUUAGGGAAAAUAAUCAACUCAAAAAAGGGUUUACUGAGCAUAGGAAAUCCUUUAUUUUAUUUCUCAAUAAAUGUAUAUGAUGUGAUUCUGCAAACAGAAUUCAAGACAACAACAUGAAAAAAAAACCCAUCAUGCAAUAAAACUCACUAAUCAUGAGAUAUGAUCUGUUUGGUAGAUUCCCAAUUUAGGAAUGGGGUCCCCCAAUCACAAUAUUCCCAAUCGUGUCUCACUAGGUAACUGUAAUAAUAAACCAGGUAAUUAAAGAUUGAUUUUGAUGAUCUACUGAGACUGGAGCAAGAAGGUCAAACGACAAAAGAAGAAAGACAAACGUCGAGAAAAACAGAAGAGGAGAUCAACCGACGGACCAGCAGAAAAUUGUUUCUAAGAUAAGAAGAAUAAUUCGACUGAUGCGAAGACAAGAAGUCAUGAAUAAGAAGAUAAUAAAAAUGAUGAGAGAAAUCAUUAACUGUAUUGAGUUGGUUAAUGUUAAUUUGGAGUUGCAGUCUCUUGCAAAUGGAAUCGAGGCCUUGAGAUUGCAAACCUCUGUUGCAAAACCAGAAAAACCUUAAAAGGUAACAAUGAGAUAUACAAUUUGUUAGACAUCAACCUUAAAAGGCAGUAAUAAGAAAUGUAUGAUGUUAACAUUUGCUCAACAGUUGAAACUGUCACGUAUGCUUGCUUUUUGCUAAUAUAAUAAUGAGUGUGCAAGGAAAUGCAUUUUGCAAUAUGAAUUGCAGGAGGGACUUUCUUACUAAAAAUUUUAUUGUAAUCUGUUUUAUCUGAUCAACACAGGGAGGAGGAUGCUGUGCAGUUUAGCAAUAGCUACUUACUUAGCCUACGCCUUAAGAUUUUGUAACAGCUUAGAGAAAGAUGAAUUUGCUUUAAUGGAAAGAAAAUAAAGCAGCAAUUACUUGUGUGCUGUAAUGUGUGCUGAAGAGGGGUUGCCAAAAAAGGAAAUGUCAUACUUCCUGUAUCCAUAGCAACCUGACUGUGAGUGUGUGCAUGCGGAUGUGUUAAUGUUUUUCACCGAAAAAGGCAUCCAGAAGAAAUUAUGUAUUGUUUUUAAGACUAUAUAAUGUUAUGGUCUGGACACAUCCCCUGCCGCAUCUCGGGGGGAAGACUUACGCUUUUACUUUUUGUUAUCAUGAGUUAUUGUUUAAAAUAAAGCGAAACCAUGUACAAUGGUGAUGCGUUUAAAACUUUAAACAA